AUGGAAUUUUUGAGCACAGCAGCAAAAACUGGAGGAGGCAAUGAUGAUAGUCCUGGCUGCAGUAGCAGGGGCAGAGGAAGGGGAAGGGGAAGGGGAAGGGGAAGGGGCAGAGGUAGGAACAGCAAUGAUUCUGCACAAGGAAAUGAUAGUGCUUACAAUGGAUGGAGCAUUGCAGGUGGCACCAGCUGGAGCAACAAUGGAGGUAGAAUCGGCAGAGGAGGCUGGAAUGAAAGAGGCAGGGGUGGUCGUGGUCGUAGUUGGAGAGGUGGUAAUGCUGGUGGCUGUAGUGGGAGAGGAAGCAGUGGCUGCGGCAGUGGUGAUGGUGGCACCAAUACAGGUGGCUGGCUUGAGAGGGGAAGUGGUUUUGCUGCCAGCAGCUGUGAGAAAUCAACAGGGGCUAGUGGCAGCAACGAUGGUUGGGGUGGCUGGGGAGGAGUUACGAAUGAUAAUGCUGGACCUGGAUGGGGUGGUAAUAAUGGCGGUGGUGCUGAAAAAAGUGGCUGGGGUGACUGGGGCAGUGGCAGUGGCCAGGGUGGUAAAGAAGAGGGCGGUAAGGUUGUUGGUGGUGGUGAUUGGGGAGCUACUUCUGUUAAUGGCGGAGGUGGCUGGGGUGGCAAAACCUGUGGCUCUCACAUCGAAGCUAGUAGAUGGGGUGGAAAUACUGCCGGAGGCAAUGCUGAUUCUGGAGGUGGCUGCGGCGGUGGUGAUGGUGGCACCAAUACAGGUGGCUGGCUUGAGAGGGGAAGUGGUUUUGCUGCCAGCAGCUGUGAGAAAUCAACAGGGGCUAGUGGCAGCAACGAUGGUUGGGGCGGCUGGGGAGGAGUUACGAAUGAUAAUGCGGGACCUGGAUGGGGUGGUAAUAAUGGCGGUGGUGCUGAAAAAAGUGGCUGGGGUGACUGGGGCAGUGGCAGCAGCCAGGGUGGUAAAGAAGAGGGCGGUAAGGUUGUUGGUGGUGGUGAUUGGGGAGCUACUUCUGUUAAUGGCGGAGGUGGCUGGGGUGGCAAAACUGGUGGCUCUCACGUCGGAGGUGGCUGGGGUGGCAAAAUUGGUGGCUCUCAUGUCGAAGCUAGUAGAUGGGGUGGAAAUACUGCCGGAGGCAAUGCUGAUUCUGGAGGUGGCUGGGGUGGCAUUAGGACUUGUGAAGUUGGUCGUGGGUGGGGUGGCAAAACAAGUGGAGGCAAUGCUGGAUCAUCCGGCAGUUGGGGCAGUGGCAAAAGUAGUGAAGUUGGUAAAAAAGGUAGCUACGCUGGGGCUGGUGAUUCUGGUUGUGAAGCCGGUGGUGGGUGGGGGAAUAAAACUAGUGAAGAGAAUGCUGGAUCUUCUGGAGGCUGGAAGGAUGGCAAGACUACUGACAUCAGUAGAAAGGAUGGUUGGGUUGGAGGUGGUGGCUCUCAGGGCAAAGCCGAUGGCACAUGGGGUAGUAAAACUAGUAGAGACAAUGCUGGUUCUGGCUGUUGGAGUGGUGGUAAAACUAAUGACAAUGAUUGCAAGGAUGGCUGGGGAAGAAGUGGUGCCUCUCGCAGCAAAGUUGGUGGUGGCUGGGGUGGUAAAACCUGUGGAGAUAAUACUGGUGCCGAGGGUGGUAGUAAAACUACUAGAGACAAUGCUGGUUCUGGCUGUUUUGGUGGUCAUAAAACUAACAACAAUGAUAACAAGGAUGGCUGGGGCAAAAGUGGUGCCUCUCGCGGCAAAGAUGGUGGUGGCUGGGGUGGUAAAAUCUGUGGAGACAAUACUGGUGCUGAGGGUGACUGUGGAGGUAAAACUAACAGCAACGAUAGCAACUAUGGCUGGGGCAGAAGUGGUGCCUCUAGUGGCAAAGUUGGUGGCUGGAAUGGUAAAACCUGUGGAGACAAUGCCGGUGUCGAUGGUGGCUGUGGUGGUAGUACAACUAGUAGAACUGAUUCUGGCUGUUGGGGUGGUGGUAAAACUACCAACGAUAGCAAGGAUGGCUGGGGCAGAAGUGGUCCCUCUCGUAGCAAAGAUGGUGGUGGCUGGGGUGGUAAAACCUGUGGAGACAAUGCUGGUUCCGAUGGUGGUAAAACUAGUGACAGCAGUAGCAAGGGAGGUGAUGGCGGUGGCUGGAUUUAA